CUCGCUUUUCCUCAGAGGAUGAAUCCUCUCAAGACAGUGACUUCAAACCACUCCAUGUGGGGGAUGUUGAAAGUGAAAUGCAGUCAGUGAAGAAGGAGCUAUCAGAUAUAAUGAGCACAAUGGCCAGCAUCAAGACAGAAGACGACAUUAGUACCAUGGUCCAGAUGUUGAUGGAGGUCAAACAUGAACCGACUGAAAAAGACAUAUCAGCAAACAUAGAAGAAAACCGUAUACAUGGACAUACAACUUUGGACAUUGCCUUUGUGAAGAAGGAGCAGUCCAAUAAAACCAGUGAUGAGGAAAUACAUACAGACAUGAUACUACAUAACACAGCUCCUGCACCCAGUUCCAUCUUAAUGGAACCCAAUGACUCAAGAGAGAAUCCUAACCCGCCACCACCCACAAUUACUUGUGGAUCAUUAAGGUCUAACCUUUGUCCAAAAUGCGGCAAGAGCUUCAAAAGAAAAGCAGACCUCAAAGCCCAUGAGAAGGUCCACUCCUUGAAGAAGUCACACCAGUGCUCCACUUGCAGAAAGUGUUAUGUCGAUAAACAUGAGCUUUCCUUGCACAUGCGGCUACACACCGGCGAGAAGGUGUUGGACUGCCCUUAUUGCAAGAAAAAGUUUGUCAGGGAGAGUGGAUUGAAGUCCCACUUGAGGAGCCACACGGGGGAGAAGCCAUUCUCUUGUUCACAAUGUGGGAAAAGCUUUUCUCGAAGAAGUACGCUAAAUACUCACCUGCGUUUGCACCUAGGCACCCUGCCCCACCAGUGCGAUCAUUGUGGGAAGCUUUUCAACACUGCGGCAGCUAUGAGAGUCCACAGGGCAACCCAUACCGGAGAGAGGCCCUUUCCAUGCCCGCAAUGUGACAAGAAGUUCAUCAAUAAAGUUGAACUGGAUGUACACCUACAUAUCCAUGCAGGGAACAGACCGUUCAGCUGUUCAGUAUGUGGGAAGAGUUUCUUGAGGAAGCAAGAACUCAACACUCAUCAGACCAUUCACCAAGACAACCGCCCCUUUCAUUGCAUACACUGCGAGAGCAGCUUCAAAAGGAUGAGCCACCUCACAUCGCACAUGAAGAUCCAUUUCUCCGACACCCCUUACAAAUGCAAACACUGCGGCAAGCCCUUCAAACAUCCCAACAGCCUCAAAAUGCAUGAGCGUCUUCACACCGGAGAAAAACCCUACAGUUGUGAAUGCUGCGGGAAAAAGUUCCCUUCUUCAGGAGAGCGCUCAAGACACAUGGCCGUACAUUCUGAGGAGAAAUCGUACAAGUGCCCGAAGUGUGACAAGAGCUUUCGCUUCAGGAGUAGUAUGAGGUCCCACCAGGUCACACACACUGGAGAAAGACCUUUCCAGUGCAAGAAGUGCGGUCAGAGCUUCGCUAGGCGUGCAAAUCUCAAAAGUCAUAAGGUGGUGCACACCGACGAAAGACAAUACAGCUGUUCUCAGUGCGGUCUGGCCUUCAAGUCCACCUCUACUCUCAGGAGCCACCUGAUAAUCCAUUCCAGCAAGUCCCUGUUAAACUGCACCACCUGUGGCAAAACCUUCACUCGCCAAGACACCUUCAAAAGGCAUCAAGACGUUCAUGCGGGGAUCAAAGUCCACAAGUGCUCAGAGUGUGGAAAAUGCCUGAGUUCAGCAAGUUGCCUGAAGCUGCACAUGCAGGGUCACUCGGGGAACAAGAAAAUGUACAACUGCGACGAAUGCGAGAAGAGCUUCAGUUCCACGUCCUAUCUGCAAAAACACCGGCAGAUCGCACACACCGACGAGAAGCCGUAUGUUUGCUUUGAGUGCGGGGAGAGCUUUAACACAGACGGGAAGCUAGUUACUCACCAACUACAGCAUUCAGGACAGAUGGAGCAUGUUUGCUCCCAUUGUGGGAAGACGUUUGCACGGAAAGAGACUCUAAGACGACAUGAGAAGAUGCACUCUGAAGUGAGGCCUCACCAGUGCUCGGAGUGUGGGAAAGGAUUUACAAGGAGCGAUCAACUAAAACAACAUCGGAGAACACAUUCAGAGACUAAUUAGAUGGAUGUAAUAUUUUCAUUUUGAGUUCUACUAAAUUUCAUUAAAUGUUAGUGAAAGGAGUUGCUACUAAAUUGAUGUAGCCUGGUAAUAUGCACAGGAUUGGUUUGAUUAACAUUUUCUUUUGCUAUUGAAUCAUAUUUUGUCCAUGCAUUUUUGGACCCCACUUGAGUUUAUUUGAAUGGCACUUUGUACUAGUGGCACUAGAUGGCAGUCUGUGCUUUGAGACAGAAUUGUGGUACUUAAAAGGUUGCUGAAAACCCAAAGUCGCAAAACCUUCUAUAAAAUCGUGAAAAAUAGAGGCACUUCAAUGUUAAAGUAAAAGAUAGGAGGAAAUAUGUUAUUUUGUGCUUU